UUACCCACAUGACGGGACAGGGUUAUUUUACCCACGUUUUGGGGGUUCUUUUGCCCACGUGACAGGGUAAUUUUACCCACGCAACCGGGUUCUGUUGCCCACGUGACGGGUUCUUUUGCCCACGUGACGGGUUCUUCUCCAUUCUACAGGGCUUAGACAAUAAGCUGCAGGUCUCGCUCCACGUUCGUCUGAGCUGGAGUGUCCCGUUAGGGAGGCGCUGGGUGGAGUGAAUAAGAGAAUAAACGCCGCCACGAAGCUCCAUUGGCUGAGAGCAACGAGAUUAACGCCACAGGUCCGUCAGGAGAGUUGUUGCCAAAGAGAUGGUGAUGGAGAAGACCAGUCCGCUGCUAGUGGGACGGGAGUUUGUUCGCCAGUACUACACCGUGCUGAACAAAGCCCCAGACUUCCUGCACAGGUUCUACGGGAGGAACUCUUCCUAUGUCCAUGGAGGACUGGACUCCAACGGGAAGCUGGCGGAGGCCGUGUAUGGGCAGACUGAGAUCCACAAGAAGGUGAUGUCACUGCACUUCAGCGAGUGCCACACUAAAAUCCGGCACGUGGAUGCUCACGCCACACUGGGCGACGGCGUGGUCGUCCAGGUGAUGGGGGAGCUGUCCAACAGCGGCCAGCCAAUGAGGAGGUUCCUGCAGACAUUCGUCCUGGCCCCGGAGGGUUCUGUGGAUAACAAGUUCUAUGUUCACAAUGACAUCUUCCGUUACGAGGACGAGGUGUUUGGCGAUUCAGAGGCUGAGCUGGAGGAAGAGUCGGAGGUGGAGGAGGAGGAGGAACCACAUGUCUCUCCGGAGGCCCAGCACACCACCACCCAUGCCUCCAACUGCUAUGAGCCCCACCCAGUGAGCACUACCGUGGAUCAGGUGAUGGAGGACCCUGCUGCAGACGUUGAACCAGAGUCGGAACCUGAAGCCCGGGUCGAGGAGCUGAAGGAGGACGUCCCGGAGAAGAUUCCGGAAGAGCUGAAAGAAAAAUCCCCAUCCCCCACUCCUGUGGAGACUGCCCCUCAGAUGCAGGAACCUCCCAAAACAUUCUCGUGGGCGUCUGUCACCAGUAAGAACCUUCCCCUGAGUGGUUCCGGCCCAUCUUCAGGCAUCCCGCCCCAUGUGGUCAAAGUUACGACCUCACAGCCCAGGGCGGAGGUAAGGUCAGAGGCUUCGGCUGUCCCUCUCCGUCCGCGGGAUCAACGCGUGCGUGACAGACCUGCCUUGUCCUCUAGGGGGCCUCGCACUGAUGGUGGCACCUCCUCAGAACCUCAGACUGGUGGCAAAGGGAGGGCGGAGUCAGAAGCAGGGGAGGUGGACAGAGGGCGGAUGGUUCGUUACCCUGACAACCAUCAGCUGUUCGUGGGCAACCUGCCCCAUGACAUCAGCGAGCGUGAACUCUGUGACUUCUUCAUGACAUACGGGAAUGUUGUGGAGCUGAGGAUCAAUACCAAAGGUGUUGGCGGGAAACUACCCAACUUUGGCUUUGUGGUGUUUGAUGACUCUGAGCCGGUGCAGAGGAUUCUGGGUGCAAGGCCUAUUAUGUUUCGUGGUGAGGUGCGGCUGAAUGUGGAAGAGAAAAAGACGCGUUUGGUGCGUGAGCGCGAGGCCCGGAGCGGAGCAUCCGACGACCGUCGGGACUCCAGGCGCAUGGACCGCGGACCAAGUGGCCCACGUGGCAUUAUGGGAAGUGGAGGGAUGCGCGAUCGUGACAACAGAGCCCCGCCUCCACGAGGGGGCAUGGCCCCCAGAUCUGGCCCAGGCCCAGCGAGAGGCCCAGCGAGAGGCCCAGCACAGGCAGAGACCCGCUUCUCUGAAAAACGCCGCUGAGAACAGCAUCAUCUGCUGUUUGGGAGUAGCACCAAGUUAAUUCUUAACAAAAAAAUGUAGGCUACGUGUGUCUACAUGUAUUACCAUUUUUUGUAAUCCUUUUUCCCUCUGCUUUAUUCUUGUUUUCUUUAAUUCUUAUUAUCUUCUUGCUUUGGGAUGUACCAGCCCAGUGACCUGUUUCUUUUCUGUUAAAUUAGAGGAGCAGCUCAAGCAAUCCGAUAGUUAACCCACGUUUCAAUUUCAACCAAUCUGAGCGCGCUCUGGCCCAAGCUGAAAAAUCUAUUUCCUACUUUCAUAAAAAUGUAUUUUGUACGCUGAUCUUGGUCAUCAGUGAGAAGUGAGCUGCAGCAGAGACUACACCCAUAAAAGAGGACUACAACUCCCAGUAAAGACCAUUCAGCUCCAGUCAGCCUCCACCCCUCAUACAGUGUUUACCUCUUACUGACAGACUGUUUUGGUGAUUCUUGUGGAUGGCUCAAACCCUGACCCUUGAGUUCAAAUGUUUUCACCUUGCUAGUGAAAGUUGACUGAGAGACGUGACAGGCAUGCUCUCAUCAGGAUGACCUGACCUCCAGAGAGUGCAGCUGCAUAGAAAACUCUUCCAGCCACUAAGCUAUUGGAUCGUUUCCGGAUCGACCUCCAGUGGAGCGUGUUAAGCUACAGUUCCUCACCGCAUGGGCCUCAACUAAAACCCAUCUGCCUUGGCCAACAAGUAGAAGAACAAAAAAGAUUCUGCCUUUUUUCCACAUCUCUGAAAAAUAAAAAAAGCCAUUAAAUGCUGGACAACAGACCUUUCUUCAGUCAGGCUCCAGACCUGGACUCUGACACAAAUGUGAUGAUGGAUUGGGGGGAUGAAAAUAAAGUGAAAUAAGCCAUGCAGCUGGACAGAUUUGGCAGCAAAAGACGGAUUUUUCCGCAAAAGACAGAUUUUCUUAGUGCUCUUUUUUUUUUUUUCUUCCUUGUACACAAACAUUCCUAGUCAGUAAACGGGGAUGAGUAAAGGGCUCCCCAACCAACCACAGCAGCCCAAUCCUACCAUCAGAGCAGCCCAACCAAUCAUAACAAGUGUCUUUUUUUGGGGUUUUUUUUGCAGCACAAUACUCCAGACUUUUAUGUUUACUGGAUUACAUGUUGGUGAAAUAGUGCCUUUUGAUUUCUGUUUCUCUUUUCUCUCAAAUUCCAGGCAGUCCUAAGCUUUGAUUGGUAAACGAUUCCAUCCGUGAGCUGGCAGUUACUUUCAUUUAUUUAUUUCACAUUUUGUUUAGUUGUUGAAUGUUUCCCCUGACAUGGCACUGGCAGUAUUGUGUGAUUCUGCCAUACAGUUGAGAGGCUCCUGCUGUCUCAUGGUUUGUUUACAGUCUCUCUUCAGUUGUAAAAGGGGAAAAAA